AUGACUUUUCUGAAUACACAAGAAUUGGCAAUCAUUGUUAGCUUGAGUGAAUCCAAUCAACAGGCGGCCUUUGCUGCGAGUGAAUGUCCAGUACAUUUUUCUGACACCAGUUCAAAUCAUCAGGAUCAGAAACAAUACGUCGAGGAAUUGUAUGACUAUAUAGCUGAAUUGACGAACCGAACGUAUAGAAGACGGAAAAAGAAAACAUCGACCAGUAGUAUCGACUUCAGUGAACCCAACUCGCCGCGAUGUCCAAGAAACAAUAUAAUGUUAACCGAGAGGUUAAUGAUCCCUUCUACCGAUACAAAAUGCCCGGAAUAG